AUGGGCGGCCGGAUCUGGUCCAAGCAGGAGGAGGUCAUCUUCUGGAAGAAGCUGAUCCCCCACUCACCCAAGCGCUUGGGCAAGGACCUCGAGAAUGAAGAGAAGUCGUGGGAAUGGGUCGCCCAGGAGAUGACAGAGAGGAUGGGCAAGAACGCCCGCCUUGAGCAUUACUUCCAAAACACCUACCUCGCUCGCUUCUCGCCCAAUGUCGGCCGCAUGGCCGUCAAGUACUGGCGCCACGAACAAAAGCUCAAGAAGCAGAAGCUGGAGGCUGAAAAGGUGAUGGAAAAUAAUCUGAACGAGAUGUAUUCUAAAUCUCACAAGGCCGAACCUUCUGCUUCUGCUUCCACUGCAACUGAGUCCUUCAAGUCUCCUCAUGAGCCUGAGCCCCCUGUUGCUGAAGUCUCUACCAGCCAUGCUGCUGCUACUGCGGCUCCAGAUGCCAAGGUUAACGCUCAUUACGCAGGCGGCAUGACUCCAACAGUCGAUGAGCUGCGCUCUCUUCUUGAAAACCUUUCCAGUUCAGAAGAAAGCUUGGCUGGAUGUAACAAUAUGGGGAACCGGCCGCCCGUUCUCAUCAUGGUCCGGCCGCGCGGCCCUCCUUCACCCACAACGUCAGUACAAACUGCGAAAGAACUUAAUCACCAUCAAGACUUCAUCUACACCGAUGACGAAAUUGACGAGAUGAAGGGCUCAAUCAGCAAUUUUGUCAAAAGCGGACUCCUCGACCCCUCCAAAGGGGAUGGCUUCGUGUUCGGCUUACUUCAACACGAAACUGCCAUUGGCAGUGAAGCAAAACUGUCACUAAAUGUGCAAAGGACAACUGAACUUACCCGUCUUGUUUCACAAUUUCGCUGUGUAUUGCAUCGAGCGGUGGACGACCUCUUCUCCCAGGCUGCGAGCGCUGCUUCCGCUGAGACUUUUCCUGAUACAGUCGCAGAUCUCAUGAUUCAAAUCAGGGACUGCGGGUUUUCCGGAAUUCUGACAUCUGGUGGAAGAGGAUCGGCUAUUGACAAUGCAGGAAAGCUGAAGACAAUCAUCAGAGCAGGAAAGAACGUCGGGAUUGAGGUGACUCUGGGAGGAGGACUCAUGUUUGAGCAAAUUUUCGGGUCAGAGGCCAUCGGACUACUCUAUCUCCGAUCGGAAGAUUUGCCGACUUCCCAGUACAUCUUAAAACCACCCCAAGCCGAGGCAGUCACAUCCAAGAUGAACACAGCCUUCAACUCCGCGCUGAAACAACGCACAGCAAUUCGCAAAGACCUCGCCUCCCUGACCUCCCCCUCCCCCGAUUCUCCCUCUUCCCAACAACUUCCCUCCCCGGCAGCGCUAGGCUCCCUCUCCGCCGCCCUAACCGCCUUCGCCCGCACCAUCGACGAGUACCAGUCCCUCGCCAAGCAAGAGAUCAAUCCCGCAAAACAAGAAAAGGCCUUCGAACGCAUCCGCGAUUUUCGCGCUGACUUGUCUGAGUUCCGAUCACAGCUUGCUGCGCUCAAGGCACAGAGGGAGGAGGCUGCGUACGCGGCUAAUAGGGCAGAGUUACUUGGGAGGAGGCCGUUUGCGGCUGCGACGCCAGAGAAUCCCUACGCGGGGAGUUCUACGGCGAUAGCGACGGCGUCGGGGUAUGGAGGCGGUGGUGGCGGGGGAGGUGGACAUGCCAGGUCAACGAGUAUUGCCGAGUCUGGGAGAGCAGGAGGGUAUUUUGGGAGUGGCGACCCUGCGCGAGAAGCGCAUGCGCUAAGGGAGCAGCAAUUCUUUGCAAGCGCGCACUCGGCGCUGGAUGAAUACAUUGCACGGGGGCAGGCUGUACUGGGGGAUUUGGGGGCGCAGAGGGAGAUGCUGAAGAGUACGCAGAGGAAGUUGUAUUCGGUGGGGAAUACGCUGGGGAUCUCGGGAGAUACGAUUCGGAUGAUCGAACGGAGAGCGAUGCAGGAUAAGUGGAUUUUUUGGGGAGGGGUCAUGGUGUUUUUCGCGUUUUGCUGGUUGGUGCUGCAUUUCUUGCGGUAA